GCGCGCUGAUUGACAGCUGCGGUGUCCCAAAAAGGCUGUAGUCAAAGAUGCUGUUCAGCGGGUGGGUGUAGACGCUGCAGGCGCGCCCGUGCCCGCUCAGGUCCGUCCGCGCGCCUCCCCGGCCCCGCCGCCCCUCUGGCUGCGGAAGAGCGGGGCUCAGGCCCCAGCCCGAGUGCCAACCCCCGCGCUCCCGGACGAGCCGGCGCUCGCAGCACUCAGGUCGCCAGGCUCUAGUCCCGGCUCACCAUGCACUGCCACGCGGAACUGAGGCUGAGCUCACCCGGCCAGCUCAAAGCAGCCAGGCGGCGCUACAAGACUUUCAUGAUCGAUGAGAUACUCUCCAAGGAGACCUGCGACUACUUUGAGAAACUUUCCCUCUACUCUGUGUGCCCUUCGCUGGUGGUGCGACCCAAGCCCCUGCACUCUUGUACGGGCUCUGCUUCCUUAAGGGCAUAUCCUCUCCUCUCUGUGAUCACCCGGCAGCCCACAGUCAUCUCCCACCUGGUUCCCACCGGCCCAGGAAUCACCCCAGUGUUAUCCCGACAUCCAGUCACUGAGGCUGCUGCAGCCGAGACCCCUGGAGGCGAGGCUUUAGCCAGCAGCGAAUCUGAGACAGAGCAACCCACACAGCGGCAGAAGAAACCACGUAGGAGUCGCACCAUCUUCACUGAGCUACAGCUCAUGGGCCUGGAGAAGAAAUUUCAAAAACAGAAGUACCUGUCUACCCCAGACAGAUUGGACUUGGCCCAGUCUCUGGGACUUACUCAGCUGCAAGUGAAGACUUGGUAUCAGAACCGCAGGAUGAAAUGGAAGAAGAUGGUUCUUAAAGGUGGACAGGAAGCACCCACAAAACCUAAGGGGCGUCCUAAGAAGAACUCUAUUCCCACAUCAGAGGAGAUUGAAGCUGAAGAGAAGAUGAACAGCCAGGCCCAGAGUCAAGAGCACCUGGAGUCUUUGCAGGGACACGAGGAGCCCUGUGAUACCCAGGAUCCCAAAACACACCAUGUCCCUCUGGAGGUGGCAGAACCACCUCACCAGCCCCAGGAGUUGCCAGAAGCUUCUUCUGAACCCCCACCAUUAAGCUAAACUAAAGUUCUUUGGGGGAAGGGGGAGACUGGGAAUAAGGGAAGAGAGAAGGCAAGGAGACUCAGGAGAGAAAGACUGCUAAGGCCUAGUCAGUGGGUGGAGGAGCGCCACCUGUCUCCCUCUCCCAGUGGCAUUUUCAUCUUGAGCAUUUGAUGAAGACUUGUUUGCAUUGGGACUUGCCCUUCUUGCAAGGCUAUGUUAGCCACAGGUACCCUUGAGUAAGGGAGAUAGCGCCUUGGAGCUGCUUGCCCAGGCGGGGGUGAUGGCUGUGGGGUUAGGUACAGCAAGCAGACUAUCAGUGUGACAAGCUGGGCUGGCCUGCAGG